UUCUCUUGGCCACUGAGAGUCUUCGUUUUGUGCUGUCUCUGUAGCUGGGCUUACGGCUUCGAUUAUUGCAAAUUAACAUGCACAGAUGGAGGAGUAAUUCACCGACACACGAUGUGCGAAUUCCAGACAUCUCCUGGACCAAAAUGUGAAGGUUAUAAGAAACAACCUCUGACACAGAAAGAGAAGGACUUGAUUGUCAGAAAGCACAACGAACUCAGGAGUAAGGUAGCGAAUGGGCAGGAACAUAAAGGGAAUCCUGGACCCCAGCCACCGGCUAGUAACAUGGCAGAGCUGGUUUGGGACGACGAACUGGCGGAAAUUGCUCAGCGCUGGGCGGAUCAGUGUGAAGUAGGACACGAUAAAUGUCGUACAGUAGAACGCUUUUCUGUUGGCCAGAACUUCGCUUCCAUAACAACCACUUCACCAGAGUUCUUGAACCUUUUGGAAAGACAAAUCCAAAGUUGGUAUGACGAAGUGGAAGACGUGAUGCCAGAUACAAUUACCGCCUUCCCAGGGAGUUCUCAAGGUGUAACUGGGCACUACACUCAACUAGUAUGGGCAAAAACAAAGUAUGUGGGCUGCGGACGAAGUUUUCAUGUAACUGAUCGGGGAAGAACAACAGUUCUUCUGUGCAACUAUGGACCUCAUGGUAAUAUGUGGGGUUCUAGUGUGUACGAAACGGGAACGUCGUGCUCUGCCUGUAAAAGUUCUCCAUGCAGAGAUGGACUUUGCUCAGUCCAACGAUUGCACAGGACUAGUUCUUGCAGGACUUAA